UGUCAGUGUCCGGACGUAGAGGAAAACGUCUCGCGAGUGGAGUGUGGAGAUGGUGGGGACUGGUCAGUGUUUUCUUUUCUCUCCGAGAAAGUCUUUUUGAUGUCAGUCUCAGAUCCUCCGCGCUCAAGUCGAGUCGAUCCGCGAUCCGGUCAAGCUCACGUCUGCAGUGUGACAUAACCUCUUCCCUACAGGGCUGUUCUGGGGCGCGCAACUGCCCACCUGAAUCCUCCGCCAGCGAGUCGCGUCCGGGUGUGCCAGGAGUGCCUUUCGGGGACAGUGACGAGGAGAGAAAGUUCGUGGUGUUUCACGGCGGAGAAAGAGAAAGUGUCUCGCGCGCGCUGAGGCCACUUCCAUGCCCAUUUGCUGACCAGCCCCACGAGACAACAGAGUCCAGCAGCUGAGCUAACCAGCCCACAGACAUGGCGUGGCCGCAAAACGUGGGAAUUCUGGGCAUUGAGCUCUUCUUCCCCUCGCUGUACGUUGACCAGACGGAGCUGGAGGCCUUCGACGGCGUCUCGGCUGGCAAAUACACGAUUGGGCUUGGGCAGAAGCGGAUGGGCUUCUGCACUGAUCGCGAGGACAUCAACUCCCUGUGCCUGACGGUGGUCAGCAAUCUUCUGGAACGCCACGGGAUUCCGCCGGCGCGCAUUGGGCGCCUCGAAGUGGGCACGGAGACGAUCAUCGACAAGUCCAAGAGUGUCAAGUCGGUGCUGAUGCAACUCUUCACGCCGCACGGCGUCACGGAUCUCGAGGGCAUCGACACGACCAAUGCGUGCUACGGCGGCACCGCGGCGCUCUUCAACGCCGUGAACUGGGUGGAGUCGAGCAGCUGGAACGGCCGGCUGGCGCUCGUGGUGUGCGGCGACAUUGCGGUGUAUGCCAAAGGCUCGGCGCGGCCGACGGGCGGAGCGGGCGCUGUGGCGAUGCUGGUGGGCCCCAAUGCGCCGCUGGUGCUCGAUCGGGGGCUCAGGGCGAUCUACAUGAAGCACGCGUAUGACUUCUACAAGCCCGACUUGUCGUCUGAGUAUCCCACCGUGGACGGGAAGCUCUCCAUCCAGUGCUAUCUCAAUGCGCUGGACAAUUGCUACCAGCUGUACUGCGAGAAGGCCAGAGCGCUGCAGCCCAACUCGCCCGCCGUGGGCCUGGACGCCUUCGAUGCCGUGCUGUUCCACACGCCCUUCUGCAAGUUGGUGCAGAAGAGUCUGGCCAGGAUUGGCGUGAAUGACUACUUCAUGACGCCGCCGUCGCGGCGACUUGUUCGCUUUCCCGGCUUCGAGAAGUUCGAGCAACUGGCGCUGGAGGACACGUACUUCGACAAGGACGUGGAGAAGGCAUUCAUGAGCUACUACGAUGACGUGUUCAAAGCCAAGACGGCCAAAUCGCUCCUCAUCGCCAGUCAGGUGGGAAACAUGUACACUCCGUCGCUGUACUCUGGACUCAUUUCUUACCUCAUCACCGGCACCGCGGAGAGUCUGAAGGGGCGGAAAGUGGCGCUAUUCUCAUAUGGAUCCGGUCUGGCGUCCACACUGUACUCAAUCUCGGUGACUAAUGAUGUGGAGCUCCUGCAGCCGAUGCUGGACAAACUGUCGGACGUUCUGCCGAAGCUGGAGAAGCGUCAGAAGGUGUCACCGAAGGAGUUCAGUGAUAUCCUCGAGAUACGCGAGCAGAACAAUCACAAGGCGCCACUGGAGCCUUCGGGAGCCGUGGAUCGACUGUUUCCCGGCACUUUCUUCCUCAAGAGCAUCGAUCAGAUGCACCGAAGGCAGUACGAUCGCGUGCCCAAGUAGCAAAAAGAAACACAGACAAGAAAUCGCUCGCUCCAUCACAUACAAAGACAAUCCGGGCAGGAGAAAAGGGAAGUCGAAUCGCUAGAUUGGCAUAAGAAGCAAAGUAUCGUCAGUAUUUGAUUGAGUGCAAUUGAUUUUUCUCAUAUCCUCAAGCGCAGUGCUUCUCAAAAAUGUAUUUUUCCUUCUUUUACAAUUGUUCAAUACUUGUGUUUUUACAAAUUUUCCAAAGUUCAGGGCUUAAGCUGUAAAAGUCUGCAUGUUGUUAAUAUAUAGAUUACUUGGUCUGCAAAGUGGCACAAUUGCAUAAGAUGCACGUCUGUUUUGGAUUUUCCAACGAGGAAAUACCAAAUGUCUUGCCGCGUGAGCCUUUUUCUCUCUGCUCUUCUUCAAACUUGGACGCAAUGAUGCAAUAAAUGCGCGCGCUGAGAUGUGAAAAAAAGCAUUCAACUCUCAAUGAGAAGCACUGCGCAAAGAAAUUUCUUCUCAAAUGGUCAAAUUGUGCGCACGCUGAGAAGGAAAGAAAGAAGAUUGGCAAUGAAAAAGAAAAGAGUCGCGCGCUCGAGAGUGUCACACGUCAUAAAAAGUGAAAUUUUUACUUUCAACCUCUUUCUUCAAUGGACAUCUCUUGUUUAGCCGUUUUUCCUCGACAGAAGACGAAGAUGUUUUUGGUGGUUUUUUUCAUUUUCUUUUUGGUGGCUGAGGCGCAAAUUGUGGGUGAUUUGUGGAGGUUUUUUUUGCACAUGUUUUCUCUUUGUUUUCGUGCUCUGGUGUAACAGAGGCUCUUAUUCACACUUUGGCGCUCUUCUGGGAAAGUGUUAUGCCGCGCGCGCGCGAAGAGGAAAUAAAAUCACUCCACUUUUGAUUUUAUAAUAAACAUUCUUCAACUUCAUUUCUCCACCAAUUCGCGAGACGCAUUGACACAGUUUGAGGGAAGAUGGAAUAUCAUAAAGAAGAAAUUUAAUGCCGUUUUAUCAGUGGCUAAUCAAUCAGAAACAACUCAAAAAAAUCGUGACAAUAACUAGCGAAUAGAAUUUCUUUUUUUAUAUAUAAAGAGAACCAGAAAAUGAUGCGAAGCGAUGUAUUAAAAAUAUUUUCACUUUCAUUCGGCAAAUGGGACCUAAAUAUUUCCUUUUAUAAAUUCGGUUGUUAACAUCCUUUUCUUUGUUUUAGUGUCUUAAGUUCAAUUUGCAAAUCCUUUUCUUAGAGAAUUUUUUUUUUAUUUAUUUUCCUUAGUCGGAACGCCUAGCGAAUUGUCUUUCUUAAUAUUUUUGUAGGUUUAUGAUUUUUUUCCAACAUCUCUAGAGAAUAAAUUAAAUAUAGAAUAUUUGUAUAGAAUGGUUGAAAGAGUCAAUAAAAGAGUUA